AUUAAAGUAUCAAUUAUUAACAUUGUCUUACUUACUAAGUACCUAUAUUUGAUAUGAAAAGUGAAUGAUAAAUGAAUAUUUUCACUUUAAUUUCAAAAUUAAAUAUUUCCAAUGAAACUAUAUAUCAUCAAAAAAUUUGCCGCUAUUAAGACUACAUACUUAAAUUUACGAAAUUUUGGUUUCAAAUUCACCGUCUGAAAAAAAUAAGAAAUAAUCGAUUAAUUGAUUAAUUUUUACCGAUUCAAUCGAGUCGAGUCCGAUUAUUUUCUUCGACUCGAUUAAUCGAUGCAUCGAUUAUUUUUAGCUUGGUAGCCAUAUCUGAUCGACAUCGAUUAUCUAGUCGAUAUUUGAAAUCCAUAGACUAAUGAUUGGACCGAGUCACAUGACGUUACCACAAAUUCACACUUUCCAUUGACUCAAUUCUCAGAUAUUUUAUAAUUAUAUAUUUGUUCAGAUUCAAACGUUAACCGCGUCGGAUUCGUUGAUUUGAAACAACGUUGCUGAGUCACCCCAACUACUUUUAUAGUAAUAGAAAUUUAUGACGUAGAUGAUUAUUUAGUAAAAUAGUGUUCGAAUUUUCUACUCGCCGCGUUUUCCUUUGAAUUCCUGAAAAUAGUUGGCAAAUUCAAUGACACACACACGCUGAUCAGAUGAUUAAAACAAAUCGCACUAGUUAUAAGCGAUGCUGUUCGGCUGUUUUCUCGUUUAAUUCGAGGUAUUAAUCGAAUUUAUUUAGAAACAAUCAGCUCUUCAUUCGCCAGACUAAAAGUUCUGCCCAAUAGAAUAUAUAGUUAUUUGAGCAUCCGUCCAUAAAUUCAAGCGUGUUUUUAAAUCCAAACGAAUUUAUUUAAUUGGGAUCGUGAAAAAUGUUGUCAAUUUAGAUAACGGAAAUUAUUCGAAAGCCAAUAUGUUUCUCUAGCUCAGUACGGGAUAUUCAAUUGAAUGAAAUAUAAAUUCAUGAUUUGAAUGAAUUAAUUAUAUUCAAUUGUAUGUCAUUCAAGUCAAGUACGAAUCGAUCCAAACUAUUGAUUGAGAUGCAGGACUUGCAUGCUGGUAUAGGUGAUUCGUAAACAAGUAGAAAUUUGAAAAUUAGUUCUUAUCAUGCCGGACAAGAGCGUGGAAAGCAAGGAUACUGAAAAACUAAACAACGAUUAUUUCGACCAAGAAAUAUCGUCCAUCGGUAUGUCGUUACGUCCAAGUGGUAGUGCAACAUCCGGUAUCUCAAGUCUCGCGAAUUGCGCAGAAGUUGAGGCACUGCCGGAGCUACCCCAUCAUGAUUGGGAGCGUCUUCAGCGUGCAGCGCGUCUCUUGCAACAACGUCUCGUCUUACACCAGUGGCUGACAGAGCAUGGACUUCAUAAUCAUUAUCAGAAAUUAGUUCAGAUGGAAGUUAUUUCCUUGGAAGACGUAUACUGGGUUGAAGAUCAUGCCGCACAAGCCGUGCUUGGUAAAGAACUAUCGAAAUGGACUCAGGCUCGUCAAGAACUUCCAACUUCUAAGGAAGACUUGGCAGUUUUAAAGGCAGAUCUUUGGAGUUCUGUAGUAAAAAAUAGUCAACAUCAGGAUGCCUGGACUUGGGGCGGUAUGCUGGUGGUUUCCGUCUCAGUCGCAGGCUUAGUAACAUUAGCAGCUAUGACGCAGCCUGCUUUAGCUCCAGAAGCAAAACAUUCCCUCUUGCAAUAUGUUACUGGGAAAUACCUCCUCCCCAGCAAUUGCCGUGUCCAUUUUCAAUGGGAGGAACCACAGCUCGUCGGAGAGACCAUGACGUUCACAGUCAAAUUUUAUCAGCGUAAUGGACAGCCAUAUCCAAUAUGCGACAAAGAUAAUUUGAUUGUGGAGGUUACGGAGGGUGCACGAAGAGUGGCAACACUGACAGAAUUGGGUGGAACUGAUCCGCAAGCUGCCAAUGCUGCAGUGGUAAAAUUCACAGUGCGACAUGCUGGCCAAUAUCGUAUAGCAGUGCUUAUCGGUUCUUGUCACGUGCACGGCAGUCCCUUUGUUAAAAAUUUUCUUCCAGGGCCACCUGACGCCAAUAAAACUGUUUUUGUUCGGCAAAGCUCGACAGUUGUCUGCACAUCUGGCGUGGCUCAUUCAAUGGCAAUUGAACCUCGUGACGAAUACGAUAAUCUUUGCAUAUUUAGUAAUACAGAUAAUCCUACGGUUGGAUAUCACGUCGCAAUUAGUCAGAUUGGUAGUGUAGUUGAGGAGGGGUCCGUUGUCGACUGCAACGUCCAACUCGAAUACGAUUGUCCCAAUCAGCGGAUUUGUUUGCGUGUUAGUUUUCCUAAGGAGGGAUGUUAUCACGCCACUGUCAGCUUAGCUGGCCUACAACUCCACAACGGAGACUUUGACAUUAUAGUUCUAAGCAGCAGCGAUGCAACGUUAGUUCAUAAAAAUGUCGCCUCAAAAAAUCCACACAUUUGCUAUGAGGCAAAGUUGAUGGGGAUGCAAGGAGAACAUUACUCAAAGCCCAGAAAAGUAUUCUGCUAUGUUUCUCCCAAACAGUUGACCAUUAAAGAGUAUCUCCUGAAAUUUAUUCCAAAGCGCCUCGUCACCUUCAGGCUUUGCCCGUCGACUAAGUUUCAUUUUGAAACGUCAAAUAAUCAGUAUUUGGGAUACGACGCUUUCUCUAUUGACGAUGGUUGUCAACCACCGGUAGAAUUGAUAUCUCGCUGUCGUAAUGUAAUCGCUGCAACGUUUACGCAAUUUUUACUAAAGAAUAUUGGUGGCAGUGAAACGUUUAAAGACAAACAAGAUUUCUUUUACCAUGAAGUUCGUAAACAUCAUCAGAAACAUUAUCAUGAAAAAUUAUCAAUGAAAGUGCAACGAGAUAAACUACUCGAGUCUUCUAUGAAAGCUACUAAAGGAUUUUCUGUUAGUGACUGGUGCAGAAAUUUUGAAAUCACAUUUCAGGGCGAACAAGGUGUGGAUUGGGGAGGAGUUCGACGAGAGUGGUUUGAGCUGAUUUGCGCAGCGUUGUUUGAUAGCGGAAAUGGAUUAUUUUCGUCAUUCGGCGAAUCGCAACAAGCACUCGUACAUCCAAACAAUAAAAGGCCGCCCCAUCUCAAGCUAAAACACUUUGAAUUUGCGGGUCGAGUCGUCGGAAAGUGUCUGUAUGAGUCAGCACUCGGGGGAUCUUACCGACAACUAGUGAGGGCAAGGUUCACACGAUCCUUCUUAGCACAAAUAAUCGGCCUUCGAGUUCACUAUAAAUAUUUCGAACAGGAUGAUCCAGACCUGUAUCUCAGCAAAGUCAAGUACAUCUUAGAGAAUGAUGUUGAAGAGAUGGAGUUGUAUUUUGUAGAAGAAGAGUAUGACAAAAGUGGUCAAUUAUUGAAGGUGGCCGAACUGAUUUCGAAUGGAAGUAAGACGCAUGUCACAAACGAAACGAAACUUCGAUACCUAGACGCGUUGGCGCAGCAUCGUUUGGCCAGUUCUAUACGUGAAGAAGUUGACCACUUUCUUCGCGGUCUUAAUGAACUCAUUCCCGACAAUCUCCUCGGCAUAUUUGACGAAAACGAACUCGAGCUUCUUCUUUGUGGAACUGGUGAAUACAAUAUAGCAGACUUACGAGCACAUCAUAUAGCUAAUGGUGGCUCACCAGAAUUCUUGCGAGUUCUCGAUUGGUUUUGGACAGCGGUGAGCAAUUUCACACGCGAAGAAAUGGCCAGGCUUUUGCAGUUUACUACCGGAUGUUCUCAGUUACCGCCUGGUGGAUUUCAACAGCUUAGUCCAAGAUUUCAGAUCACAGCAGCACCGACAUUUGCCAAUCUACCUACUGCGCAUACAUGUUUCAAUCAGCUGUGCCUACCUGACUACGAGUGUUACGAUCACUUUGAAAAGGCGCUGCUUUUAGCGAUUAGCGAAGGUACCGAAGGGUUUGGUAUGAUAUAGGGGGCGCAAAAUCGUACAAUUUCUAGUCCAUUUCUAGUUUGAAUGGUAGAGGUCGAUAACAAAAUACGUAUUUUGUACCUCGCGACACGUCUCUGUAGAUGAUAGAAAUUAGAUAAAUACUCAAUGCAGACAGGGGACGCACAUUUUUUUCACUAUUCUAACUAUAAGCGAAAGGCAAGUUUUCCAUUGCCCGGCACAGGUUCAAGCCUGUUAUCCUCUGUUAUACCUUCUUGACGAACUAUGAUGGUCCAGUUUGUCUAAAGGUAGACUAUAGAUAAAGCAAAGUAUUCGCUUUAAUAAGUAAUCUACAUUCCAUCAUUAAAAAAUGCCUCUGUGAUCCAUUCCGCGAAGGAUAAUACGUAGUUUUAGAAUAUAGAAGCUAUACACGAGUAGGGCGAUGGUACAAAAAAUUGAUGAACAAAUUAUUUGGGUAUUUCAUUCGGACGCGAAUCAUAUGCAUAUUGAGAACAGAUGUUUUAAACACGUAUAUCACUUCAUUUUACUGGUAGAAUCAUCUGGCGUAUUCAUUGUUUUGGAGUCAACUGGCAUUGUUAUACGUUGGUAUAAUAUUUGAGAUUAAUAGUGAUCGCUAUUUAAUACCUUCAUCUGCGAACCGAGAGAUAUUCGUUUCGAUAUUCUGAGUAAUGGAAACUCACGUAGGUAAUCUGACGGCUGGGCAUCAAUCACCAUCACUUUUCAGCAUUUGAAAAUUGUUUAAUUCUCAAAUUCGAUAAUCUACUUCGCCUGCUGAUGUAUAGUAAAUAAAGCACAGUUGGAUGACUCGGUAUUAGAGACAAAACGACGCUGAUGUCCACAUCUCCAAACAUAGAUAUUAUAUAAGGCAGAGAAAAAUUCCGCGUGUCCUAUUAAGUACCAUGUACAGUGCAAGAUGUAUAAUAACACAUACCGAGUAUGUAUAGAUGUAAAUUUAUUGUGUCCCGGAAAUGCACAAGACCUAAUAUUGUUAUUUGAGUUCAUAUCACUUGUUAUAAUUUUCAUGCUCAUAGCUCAAUAAUCAAAACAGUAUGAAAAUAGUGAGUUUAAAAAAUAUGCAUAUAAUAUUAUAUAUAUACACAAUAUACAGUGUAGAAUUAUAAAAUAUUGCGACAUCGUUAGUCAUUUGUUGGCUAGUGUGUACCAUUUCAAUUACUCAACUAUAGCAAAGUUCACCAUAUGAAAAUUCAAAACUUUCACUUUUUCGACAAAUUAUUAUACAUAAUAUACAGACGUAUACAUAGGUAUGUAUAUACAUAAUAAUAUGAAUAGUAUUUGAUAGUAAUGGCUGAACAAUCGUAGCUCAAGGGUAUAAAUCAAUACCUACUAGGUAUGUUGUAGUGUGUAUUUAAUUGAUAAAUAGUAUCAUACACUCACUCACCUCUAUUUUCAACAUUGAUUCUUUCUAUUUUUCUUAACCCAAUGGACUGGUUUUGUGACUUUCCAGAAUCGUAUUAAGUAAUCGUAUUAUUAUUAUUAUUACUAUUCUGUAUGUGGUGGUUUGCCAUAACAGUAUUUUUAAUUAAGUAUAAUUAAUUACGGGAUUAUUUGACAUAUUUAUACGUAUCUUUUUUAUCUUUGAAUUAUAACGAUAAGCAAGUGUAUUCAGUUCACGUAAUACUGCUUUCAUCUCGUUAUUUUCAAUCAAUUAUGUACCAGCAUUGUGAUGUUAAUAAUAAUGAAUAAAGAUUUUCUUUCUUUUUAACGAAUAUCAUCAAAUUCUUUUGAUGAAACAUUUUCGUUUUCGUUGGGACAAUUAUCAGAGAUAUGGGGACUGAAAUAGAAACGGUGAUGUUAUAUUUACACAAUUUAUUUUAUAUCAACAUCAUAUUAUAAUCGUACUCAUCGAGUCACAAAGACGGCAAAAGUAACGCUACAAUAAUAAUAAUAAUAAUAAGGGAAAGGGGAUUAUUACGGUAAGAAAACAGAUCAAAAUACACGAGUGUAAACUUACAGAUGAGUAAUAAAAAAAGUCAAUUGAUUGUUGAAUUUUAUCCUAAUACCUUAACAACUAACCCACUCCCAAGUCAACUGUUGAAUUGGUCGUUUUUUUAAACUUCUGGAUUUCAGGAUGGUAAUUGUUUAACAGCUGAAAAGCAAUGGAAAAUUAUUACAAAACACUGGGAAGGGGGGGGGGGGGGGGGGGGGGAGAAUUGAGAAAAAUUUUUGUGUUUUGAAUUUCAGAUAAAAUUGAUGAGAAAAAUCAUUGUAAUAUGAUAUACUUUGUAAAAAAAUGAUCUAUUGUACAAAAUGCUUUUCCAUCACUAGUGAUUAAUCUACAAUUAUUUGUUUAUUAUUAUUAUUAUGUAUGCUUGCUCGUUGGAUUAACGUUAAACCACCAAAUGCCCAGUAUCUGUAGGAAGUAGGAACUAAACAAAUUUCAUUACAAUUAACUAAAAUUAAAUUGUAUAGGUAUGUAAUUCAUAACUAUUGAUUAGAAAAUGUUAUUUGUUGGAGUUUCUUUACAUAAUGUGGCAGAGAAGCAGUAGAUUAACAGGGUUCGUACGCACAGGAAAAACCUAGUAAACCCGAAAAAUUCAGGAAAUUUUCAGGUAUUCAGGGUUCC